CAAGAUCCCGCGAAGCGGAGCCGCGGCCCGGCAGGGCGAGCAAUAAUCACAGCCGUCGCCGCCACAGCCGCCACAGCCGCCCCCUGUGCCCGGCGGCCGGUCCCCGCUCAGAACGGACCGAGCUCCCGGGUGAAAGAACGGACGGACAGACUGUCGUGCCCGGCCAGAGCUGCUCCGGCCACUCUGCCCAGCGAUGGCUCUAUGCCUGAAACAGGUAUUCAACAAGGACAAGACAUUCCGGCCCCGGAAACGCUUUGAGCCAGGCACGGAACGCUUUGAGCUCUACAAGAAGGCACAAGCCUCGCUGAAGUCCGGGCUGGACCUGCGGGCCGUGGUGCGGCUUCCCCCUGGUGAGAGCAUCAAUGACUGGCUGGCAGUGCACGUGGUCGACUUCUUUAAUCGCAUCAAUCUCAUCUAUGGCACGAUGGGCGAGUUCUGCACGGAGGCCAGCUGCCCCGUGAUGUCGGGUGGCCCACGCUACGAGUACCGUUGGCAAGAUGAGCAACAGUACCGGCGGCCCGCCAAGCUGCCUGCGCCCCGCUACAUGUCUCUGCUCAUGGACUGGAUCGAAGGUCUCAUCAACAACGAGGACGUCUUCCCCACCCAAGUGGGGGUUCCCUUCCCCAAGAACUUCCAGCAGGUGUGCACCAAGAUCCUGACACGCCUUUUCCGUGUCUUCGUCCAUGUUUACAUCCACCAUUUUGAUGGCAUCAUCGCAAUGGGUGCUGAGGCUCACGUCAACACCUGCUACAAACAUUUCUAUUACUUCAUCCAGGAGUUCAGCCUGGUGGACCACCGGGAGCUGGAGCCCUUGAGAGAGAUGACAGAGAAGAUCUGCCACUGAGCCCCUAACUACCUGGGGAAGAUGAUGACCUUUGGCCUGAGCUCCUGGGACCUGACUGGGGAAAGGCAGCCCCCCUCAUGACUGUGGCAGCCACUCUUCUCCUCUGGUGUCCUUCCCCUGAGGCCCUCCAAAUACCAGUUCUCAUUCUCCAGAGUCUGCCCACAUUCUCUCCUGCUGCCAGGGGCCAGGGAGGACAAGGCAGGAGGACAGACAGAAAGGAAAGGGAUGUGCUUCAGAAAAUGCUGGCGGGGAGGGUGUCAUGAAUUGGAAAUUUCCUGGGGGAGACCUCUGCCAUCCUCAGCCCAAACUUGGACAAGGCCCCUGCGCAGGGCAACACCUCACCAAGACAGUGCUGGGAGGGAAGGGGUGGCGUGGAGGGAUCUUCCUGCUCUUAAAGGUCCCCAAAGCUGACCCCAAAGGUCCCUCUCCAGACCUCAAGAAGCCAUUUUCAGGGGAAUAACCACAAGGCUGCUAGCUUGCUUGCUUGCUUCUAGCCAAGAUCUCUGGGUUGUAGUCUGAGCCUACUACUGCUUCUCUGUGCUCUUUGGGGAGUCAGGAAGCUGCCCGAUGAGUGUCCUUACAAAGACUUCUUUGGGCAAAGUCAAUCUGGGCUCAUGAGGCGACAGAGACUAAGGCUAGCUGUUUGGAUUGUGAUCAUUCUCGGUUGAAUUUGGGCCCAGAGCUGAUGGCAGAGCUGGCCCUUUUGUCAGGGAAAACCACUUUCCCAGGAUUCUUUGCUGCUUGAAGCUAAGGGGUUACCAGAUAGAGAAACAUGGAGGAGUGUGUGCAUCUGGCCCAGGUUCCUCCUUCUCAGUCUGUAUACUCCUGCACACCCAUCCUUCACAUACAACAUGAAGACCCAGUGGGGUUGAAGGUGGAGAAAGAGUGAAUGGAAGAGGGGGCAGCCAGGUAGCCUGGUGGAUUGAGAGCCAAGCCCGGGUUCAAAUCUGGCCUCAGACACUUCCUAGCUGGGUGACCCUGGGCAAGUCAUUUAACCCCCAAGACUAGCUCUUACCACUCUUCUGCCUUGGAACCCAUGCACAAUAUUGAUUCUAUGACAGAAGGUUAAAAAAAAAAGAGUGAAUGGGAGAGAGCUGAGGCCUGUUGAUGGCCUACUGAGCUCUCCCCACUUUACCUCCUGAUUAGAUGCCACUAAGUCCUGCCCAUUUAUUCAGCCAGUCAUUCCUGAGCCUCCCCCCCAACUCUGAGCCAGGCCUUGCCAGGGGGGACCUGUGAGACAGAGCAGAGCCAGUCCCUGCCCUCAGGGAGCUCUAGGUUUUAGCUUCUUAGAAUGCAAGAUCUCAGCAGAGCUGUGGCCCACCUACCUUGGAGACUGAUGGGACCUUUGCUGGGACCAGAGCCAACCCAGGGAGACCCCAUCCCCUGAGACCUGAGCCCGAUUGACUUUUGCUGUUCCCAGGGUCUACUCAGUCUAAGGACAUUGAAGGAAGCCAACUCAAGGGAGGGAGGGCAAAGUUUGAGCCCUGAGGGGAUUCCAGGAAUCCCACCUCUCCACCCAGCCAAGCAGGGGAUUGGAAUCACCCUUUGCUGGGGUCACUGCUGAACCGGAAAGAAGGGAAAAUUAUUUUUCUUAAGGGAAAGAGUGUAUUGUUUUUAUUUUAAACAAAGACAAAUAAAGAAGAAAGACAGUCUGUGUCUGGCCAAAA